AUGACUAUCACAGCAGAGAACAACUUAGAGUACCGCCAGGGUAAGCUCUUCGUGCACGCCAUCGAGGAGAAAGCGCAAUGGAUACCGAACAACAUGUACAUGCGUUAUGCGCCGGAUGACUGGUUGCACAGCGGUUACAAAACGAUUACAUGGAAGCAAUACGCAAGUGCCAUCGAUAAGAUGGCUUUCUGGUUUGACGAGCGGCUUGGUAAAGCGGUGGAUUGCGAGACGAUUGCUUAUUUCGGGCCCAACGAUCCACGGUAUGCCAUCUUGAUACCAGCUGUUGUAAAGAAUGGACGGAAAGGGCUUGCGGGCUUGAUUAAAGCGAGUAGUUGCAAAGUAUGGCUCUAUCCAGAAGACGAUGCCGUAGGGCCGUUGGUCGAUGCAGAUUCAGGCUUGAAGCUAUGUGCUUUGCCGUCGCUUGAAUGGAUGCUUGACAACGGAGGCCAAAAGCGAUACACGUAUGACAAAACGUUUGGAGAGGCCAAAUGGGAUGAAAUCGUCAUCAUCCAUACAUCAGGCACUACUGACAGUCCCUGCGUCAUGACGCCCCGGGACGAAGUUUCCCUGACUCCUAACCUGUUCAAGAAGAUCGUGUCGAUGAACAGAAUUGAAGGCAUUAGCCUCUACGCGGACCCAGAAACUCGACAAAUGCUGAAGUCACUGGACUUCAUUGUGUACACGGGUGCACCCUUGGAUCGAGCGAUUGGGGACGACCUUUGUCAGCAUACGAGAUUGAGCCCGAUGAUUGGCUCCACGGAAAAUGGAGAUCAGAUUGGCCUACGACCAGCCGAUAGAAAGCUCUGGUAUACCCAUGACUUUGUUCCAGAAAAUGGUCAUAGGAUGGUGCCUUUGGACGCAGGCUCGGACGGUCUCCACGAGCUCAUAUUGGAGCAGGUUGGAGAUGGGCGUACCAAUCCUUUUCAGACAUCCUUCUGGAACACAGCACAUCGUUUCCUGGAGCGGAUCGAAACGAAGGAGCUCUACAGGCCCGUCAAGGACUCUGACGGUCGCACGCGAUGGGCGUUUUCUGCCCGCAAAGACGACUUGACGAAGCUGAGUUGGCUGGCAAAGUUUCAUGCGCAGGAUAUUGAAAGGCGUAUUUUGCAACAUCCAGACGUCGAAAAUGUGCUGGUAGGUGGAGAAGCCCGGCCUGCGCCGUAUGUUAUCGUUCAGGCAAAGGAAGGUGUGCUGGACGGAAAGAGCGAGGUGCAGUUGCUUGAUGAGCUUUAUGAUGGGGUUAUUGCUGCCACCAAUAAGGCUGAUUUGAGUGAGAUCAGAAUUCCCAGGGAAACGAUCAUGAUUGCGAAGAAAGAGAAGCCGCUCAAGGUCAGCUUGAAGCAGUUGGUCCAGAGGAAGGCUGUUGAGCAGGACUAUUCGGAGGAAAUCGAGCAAGCAUAUGUGCGGCUGGAGAACAGCAGGAAGCCUUAG